AUGGACAACGCAAACGAUGCGGUCAUGGUGGAUGCGGCCCCGAAACCCCGAAAUCCAGACGAUUAUUCAGAUCUUCUACACACAAGCCACAGCGACGCGUUCGCGUUUUCAGAGCGGGAACAGCUCGUCCUCGAGCUUUAUGAUCAGCUCCGGGAGUUGGAACUGGAACAGAGCCUGCUCAAGGCGCAGAACGAAGAUGAUGUCUUACAGGACCAGCUGAUCGUGGCGGAGCGUGAGGUUAUGGACGCGAAGGCAAGGUACGAGCUACGCAACAGAAUCACGCAUAAUGUGCUAGUUAUGGACCCUGUCUUGAAGGCUGUUCACGGUGGUGAGCAUACUGGCUAUGCCGAAAAGAGGAUACUACCAUUGAUUUCUGAGAAUGAUGUGGUCUCAAUGGUCCACAACACUCUUGCCUCAAAGCUCACCUCGACGACACAUGCUUUGAACGCAGCUGAAAAGGAAAACAUCACCGUUAACGAGAAGAACAGGGAGCUUGCACGGUCCCUUCUUGCUCUUGCAGAGGAGUUGAAGGCCCGGUCAACCGAGGAUAUCGAAGACCCUCGACUCCGUGAGCAGGUGACGGAUGAAGAGAAGGGUCUAAAGGAAUCCCGGAGACGAAUGAUGACUUUGAAGGGGAUCGUCUCAGGUAUGGUCGUUGGAAGUGGAAUCGACUGGGCCGAAGACGACGCCUUGCGCGGGCUUGUCAUGGAUGAAGAGGAUGGGUAAAAAAUGAGAGACCUAAUAUCCAGGAUUGCAGUCAGCUGGUCUGAGAAGGAUUGGCUGCAGCUUUCAACCUCGCAUCUGUCCUUGAAGAUCUGUACGAGCAUGGUGGAGCGCAGAUUGAGCGCCGCGCAUACUGAAGCGCCAGGUGACUGGAUGUGGAUCGACUCAACACAGAUCUCUGAAGCCGAAUUGGAGUACUUGGUUUGGUAUGAAUCGACAAGGGUUUCCAUCACCCUAAAUCAAUCAUGGCCUUUGAGAUGGUCAUAGUGCGCAUAGUGGGCACGCACGAGAAAAUCCUGCAGUCUCGUAUGCGAGUCUCUUUCAAGAUAGAUGAAUGGGAGGCUGGAAGCUCAGAUUAAGGACGAAGCGCCUUGUUCCUUAGGAAGCUCUGCGUGACAUGAGGAAAGU